UAUCAUCAAAAUUGGGAGUUUUGCGAAGAAGGUCCAACUAGGCCGUGCAGAGCAAACGGACGAUCCUAAGAACAACCUCUUCUCUCUCUCUCUCUCUCUCUCUCUCUCUCUCUCUCACAACUGUCCUUUAUCUACAGAAGAAGAAUCAUCACUAAAAUCAAUAAUAUAUAUUAAAAAAUUAGUCUAAAAGGGAAAGCAAAAGUUGCUCUCUGUUUUGCCCAUCUCUUUUCUCUCAUCAAGAUUGCGUUGUGGAGUCUGUUUCUAUCUUUUUCCUUUUUUGUUUCCAUUCUAACAUAGACGAUCCUCAAGUGGGUUUGCUCUGCUCUUUUAUUUUCAUCAAUGGAAACCAUUUAGAUAAGGCAGAAAUUUUGCAGGGAAAUCUGAAGAAGGCGAUCUUUUGAUACGAAAGUUGUGUGUUUGAUCAUGGCUGUUGCUGAGAAUGCUGGGGCUAAAAACGGCACUUCCGGUCAAAAUUUUGACACCACUGUAGUAUCAUCGGACUCAAAAGGACCAAACGAUCUCGAAAGAUCAAAACCCAGAAAUGAAUCCAUGGUCAACCCUAAGGAAUCAAAUUUUCAGGCCCAAGAUUUUGAUCAGAGUGUUAAUGGCGAGUGUGAGCAUCAAGAGAGCGCAGCUGCAGCAGCCACUCUGAGCAAUGGCAAGACUAAUGGGACCCAGAUUCAGAAUGGUUUCGACAUCAGUCAGCAGCAGAUGGUGGCAAAGUCUGUUGGGUAUGAGACAAAUCAGAUUCAAAGGGCUAAAUCUAAUGGGUUGAACGAUAUGAGCGAUUUGGUGGAGAUUUUGUCCAAAUUGAAUCCCUUGGCUGAAGAGUUUGUCCCUCCUUCGCUUGGUAUCAAUCAUGGCUAUAUGGGAAAUGGGUUUGGGUACACUAACAAUUUUGCAGUGCAAGCUACUCCUGGGAAUGCCAAUGGACCUGCUACUAAAAGGAAGAAGAACAACUAUAAUCAAGGACGCAGAAGGAUGAACAGUAGGACAGGUAUGGCUCAGCGCGAUGAGGUAAUCAGGAGGACUGUUUAUGUUUCUGACAUUGACCAACAGGUUACUGAAGAGCAGCUUGCAGGUCUCUUUAUUCAUUGUGGGCAGGUGGUUGAUUGUCGAAUAUGUGGUGAUCCUAAUUCUGUUCUUCGAUUUGCCUUCAUUGAGUUCACAGACGAAGAAGGGGCUAGGACUGCUUUAAAUUUGUCUGGAACGGUGCUUGGAUAUUACCCACUAAGGGUACUGCCUUCCAAAACUGCAAUUGCACCUGUUAACCCCACAUUUUUGCCAAGGUCUGAAGAUGAGCGUGAGAUGUGUGCAAGAACUGUUUACUGUACAAAUAUUGACAAGAAGGUUACUCAGGCAGAUGUCAAACUCUUCUUUGAAUCACUUUGUGGAGAGGUUCAUCGCUUGAGGCUUCUUGGGGAUUAUCAUCAUUCAACACGCAUUGCUUUUGUUGAGUUCGCAGUGGCCGAAAGCGCAAUUUUGGCACUUAACUGUAGUGGUGCGGUCCUGGGAUCUCUGCCAAUAAGGGUGAGCCCAUCAAAGACACCUGUUCGGCCUCGCAUCCCUCGUUCUCCAUUGCACUGAAUCAUGCUUAACGCUUCCUUGACUAAUCAACUGCUGAUAGAUAUUUUAUAUAUACAUAUAUAGACAGUGAAAUAUUUUGAAGGUGCUUGUUGUCGAUCAUUUUGUCCUUGCAUCUUGGCCCGGUAUCUUUGUUUCCUAUAGGGGGUUGUUUAUGGUUCUGUUGUUAGCACAUAGAGUUGAAUGGGAUUGCGAGGAUAUGAAUGGCUUUAUUUAUGUUGCACAAUUGACAGUUGAAAAAUGACUCAUUUUACCAAA